UGUGUGUGUGUGUGUAUAUAGGAGUUGGGUCCUAUUCUAUAAAGGGGUUACUUCUCCUGCCAGUAGGAACUGAAGUGUCUCUAUAGAACGUGGUUGAAUAACUUGCUGCAGGUGGAUUAGAAAGUGUACCUGCUGUAUUCGUGAUAUUAUUUUCUUAUUUCUGUAAUCAUUAAUUAUUUAUUAGGGUGUUUUAGGAUUAUGUAGCAAUUAUUGUCCACGAGUAACACAAAAUAAUCCACUAAGCAGGCUCCUCACUGUGACAUGAUGAUUUGCAAAAAUAAGUGGACACAGCAAGUUAAUAUCAGAUUUUGCUUUUGUGUCUUAACGUAGCACUAGAAAGAAACGUAAAAAUCCACUGACUGCAGUCAGACCAUAUUCAGAACAUGUGUUAGCGCUCCCUCUCUUUGAGACAGUAUGAAUGCUGAGGUGGUGGAUCUAGGCCCUUCUGGCUCUGUGUCUCUGGCCGAGUCUCGCCCUCCCUCCUUCUCUCCCGCCAACUCUCUCCCUAUGUGUGUGUAUUAGUAUGGAGAACUAAGGACUUGCUGCUGUCAGCCAAAAUGCUCCAAUAGUGCUUCUCUCUCUUACAUGUGGAAGCCAAAAUGGCCACUCAUCAUUCCUCCGUACCUCUCUGACUGACUCACAGCAUCUCUCUGUCAUUCUCCAUAGUCAGGGUGUGACUAUGGAAAACCACUGCCAGGGCUUACUGGUACAGUCUGUGUGUGCUUUCCACUAUCAAACUCCAGCUCAGCUAAAAGCCUUUUCAAAUUCAUCAACUCAAUAGGCCCCCUUUUUUUUUUUCAUCGCUGGGACAUGCCAGGCCCCUUUUUGUAAACUUUUAGAGUUUAAAUUUCCCCAGAAAGACGACAGGUGUGGGCACAGUUCCUAUUCCUGUAAGACACAGCAAAAAAUAUCCAUAACUCUAGCAAAUCUAGAAACUCCCCAUCAUAAUGAAAGAGUAAAUACUGGAUAGUCAUAUCAAUGACGCAGUUUGCAGUAUUUGUACAGAAGAAACUAUUACUAUCGAGCACAUUUAUUUUAAUCACACAGAUUAGGAGCUUUGAAAAGCUCUGCUAGUAUACUUAUUGAGCAUUACUAUAGAAAUAAACCCUCAUGACCUGCUUUUGACCCCUGUAUGACUCUGUUAUCUAAACAUGUCUUACAUGUGAUUUAGAUGUGAAAUACACAUUACAAAACAGGCUUUGUGUUGUACACAGCAUGCAGAAAUAGAUAACAUUGUUCAUGGAUGCACAUGCACAGUAACUUAAUGUGCAUGAGCUUAUUUCCGCAGCCCUGCAAAGCCAGAUUGAUUAGUUUUGACCACAGGCCUAAAGUUUGAAUAGCAUCCACUAUGACUUAUUUAGAGCCUGGUCAGAUAAACAGUAAACCAUUGAGUGCACUACAGCAUUUAGAUGUUCACUGAAAUCAAGUUAUUGUAGGUUUAUAACAUGAUGCAAAUAUGCACUCCCAGCACUGAUCACAACAGAUUCACAACCUAGAAAAGAAAUACCUUCUUUUAUACAUUUUUUAACUAUGACUCCGUUCAGACCUGGUACCAUCUGUCUUGAGGGAUCAGAUCAAAAGUAGAAAGUUCUAAGUUCAGGUGUGAACAAGACACAUUUAGGACGAGUUUGAGAUCUGAUCAUUCCCAGGUUGGUCUGGGAUGCAUGUGGCCACAUUCUUUUAGCAGUGUGAACGCAGACAUGUCCUGGGCCACAUUGAACCAUCGCCUAUUCAGCUGAUGUCCUCUGACCUGACCAGUUUACAAUACACAGAUUUAUUUGUAGUGACCCACACAAUAAUAACAUGGACCGGUACAUAUUGAUUUUUCUUUUAUAAGUAAAAUCUUGUUUCAUUGUAACACUACGUGCAGCGCUGGCUCUGCUCUCUCUCUCCCGCUCGCUCACCUUCUCACACGAACACACAAACACAUCUGUAGAGUCAGCCCGGCUAAAAACAACAUCAAUUGGUGUUGGCAAACCGAAAUGACGCACAUGUGUAAUUUGCAUAUCAAUUGGGGAAGUGGUCAGAGAGACGCACGCAUUCAGGAUGCAUCCUACUGCCAGGUGUGAACAGACAAUCUUACAGCUUUCCUCUCUGGAUAGAUGUUAAUACCAGGUCUGAACCGGACCUUUGUAUCAGAGCUUUCGGUCCAUGACCACAUUGUAGAGAUCAGAAUUGUCAGCACUGUGUAGUGGUUGGCUCAAUCCCGUCUGGUGACGUUAGCCAGCGGUAAAGUAGCACUGGACAUUUUAACUUUUGCACCCUCAGGACGUGCUUACAGAGGUGAUUUCACUGAUGUGUAUUCUGACUCUGCAGGUGUUUUUUAGUUCCGAGCCUCGAAACUUGUAUUUUCCUGUAUUUCUAGUUGAUAAAAAACAAAAGCACUUUUCUUAACACAAUGCGAGUUAACUAGAGGACUAAGUUUGAAUGGAGGCGUUUGAAGACUUUCUCUGACUACAUCUGGUAAGCUAACGGGAAGUGUUGUGAGCACGGCUGCUGUAAGGACUGUACGACCCACCCAGAAGUCAUGUGACACUGAUUCACCCCAGCACGUCGAGACUGUUAGGUCAAGUCAAAUCCCCUACAUUGUACUCAUCCUUCACCUGUUGUUUCUUGGCCGGCCGUCUCUAAGCCAGCGGAGGCUCUGUGUGUUUUCUGUCUGCUGGGGCACUAAGCCAUCUUAAGGCUGCCUUUCAAUGAGGAAUGACAUGGUAAGACCCCUAAGCACAGGGUCUCUUGUCUGUCGUGCGGCGGGCUGACACUGAAAACGAGAGCUUGUACAGGGGGGAAAUAAUCGUGAUUCUUUAGAAAACUGCCAACUUCACCAAAAAGUGAACGUCAGGGCCUCUUUUGCAGUUUUGACGGUUGAUCCCUCAGUGACCACAGAAAACUCAUUUGAUUUUUGCUAAUCUCUUUCACCCUUGACUUGAGGCACAGUAUGUACCAUCUAGUCCCAUCAUGUCACAUCCAAACCAUGACAGGGCAUGGUCAGUGCCUACAUUAUCCCUAUGUGCAAAUAAAUCUACAUUAUGCUGAGGAGAUGCACAAAGACAUUGUCUUUACUGAAUAAUACUGUGAUUUAUUAUAUUUGGAUCAGUAAAAGGACAGUUGGAGAUAUAAAGUGAUGCUGAAGAGUUGAGGCUCAGAGUUUAUUGUGUCUCUGUGUCUCAGGAUAUAGGGGGCAGAGGGCUUGUGUUGCAGAAGCAGGGAAAUCACUGGGCCACAUGCUAAUCUCUGUUGAUGGUUUAUAUAACUUCCAGCAUCACAUGAUCACACGUCACCACCCGCCCCAGCUACUCUCUGUACUCAGUUAUUCACUCACUGGUCAGCCAUUCAAACACAAGUAGAUAACAUACACACAUGGACUCAGUCUUCAGAACUUGCCUUGCUGCCUUUUGAUAUUCAGUGCAGCGGCACUUAGUCAUGCAUCUAUAGGGGGUGACGCAGACCUGUCCCCUAAAAUCUAAGAAGGAGCGGGGGGGCCGAUUUGAAAACACCAAACAAAAGAAGCUCGGAAACGCACACUGCUGUGUCACUUUGGAGUGUACAUGUUCCUUUUGACGGACGGCUCCAUGAGAGCGCGGGGUGUGCGGGUGCAGGGCCAUGACGAGAUGGCGAUGGAGCUUUUGUUCUGGGAGCUGGAGCAGCACCUCAAAAGUUCGUCCGGCGCCAGCGUCGUGGCCAUAGACAACAAGAUCGAACAAGCAAUGGACCUGGUGAAGAGUCACCUGAUGUACGCUGUGCGUGAGGAGGUGGAGGUCCUAAAGGAGCAGAUCAAGGAGCUGAUCGAGCGAAACUCCCAGCUGGAGCAGGAGAACACCCUGCUGAAGACACUGGCCAGCCCGGAGCAGCUGGCGCAGUUCCAGGCCCAAGUUCAGACUGGCUCCCCGCCCGCCCCUCCGUCGUCUGCCACAACGGGACCCCCGAGCACCUCUGCUCUGGCCCAGCCCACCUCGCACAGCUCUGGGCCCUCGGCGUAGUCUGGUCUGCACAGAAAAGACAGACUGACGAUUUUCUUGGAGCUCUGCUAGAGCAGCAGAGCCAAACCUGGUCCUGGACAGCAGGAGGUUGCGCUGUUAAGACGAGAAUUUGCACAUAUUUAUCUCUCAGAAGGAUGCAGCUAGCGGCACGAGCGGCGAGGGCGACAGGCUGGAGAUGCUGUUUGGUGGAGGAUUGUCUCACAAGAGGAGGAAUCAAUGAACAGUUGCCAAAUAAACCUUGGACACAUCGACUAGAAUGUCUUACCAAGAGAAAACAACUUAUCGGUGGCGACAUUAUACUUAACAAAAAAAAAAUCACUGUGCCUGUGUCUGGAUUUUAAGUGAUGUCGGUUUUAGUGAUGCUGGAGAUGCAGGAGCUGGAGGACUGUGUUGGUUGUUACAUUUUUUUUUGCUGAAUGAUGUAAAUAAUAAAAAUGGUUCUCUCUCUCGAGACCAGAUCCUAAAGUUACAAGUUGAGAGAAAAGAGCCUUCAGAGUGACAAGUGAAGAAUGUUGGCGAUUAUUACCCUGACAAAGUCCCCAUCUGGAAUGGGGGGGGAGGCUAUUUUGAACAACACUCGGCAGCAUUGAUGACGUUACUUCAAACGUGGGUUUGGUGGGAUGAACAAAACCUGGUUUCUUAUGGAGAUGAUGAAUAUUCUAUUUUCAGUAUUUCACUUUCAAGCUUCUCAUUUUUGCCCUGAAAAAAAGCUCAUCACUAGCUCAACCCUGCAGUGGCAUGUAGUUUAAACCUUGUUCCACAGGGUUGAGGCGUUGGGCUAAGCUGCAUUUUCUUUUCCUAAAAAGUUUGACGGGCAGAAGAUGAUGUAUAUUUCUGUAUAGUGUAAGUACCAUGUAAAAUAGGGAGGAGGUGGAGAAAAAUAACAGAUGCUAUCUAGGUCACACAGACUGAAGCGGGUGAGCGAGGGACGUGAUCGUCUUGCCCAGUCUGUGUCGUCUAUUUUUAUUGCUGUAUUUUCAGGAUUGUGGGAUCGACGGGAGUUUAGGUUAUUUAACUCACAACAACACAGCCAUCAAUGCUGUCCAUAUCCCUUACUGCAACUCUAACUCUGACUGUAAAACAAUUUUCACCUUUUUUUCUUUCUGGAGUAUUGCACCUUUAUUAUUAUUCUCAUUUUUAUUUUUUAAGUUUUGACAGUGAAGUACCUCUGGAUGAACAAUAUCUAUAAACUCAGCAUUUAAAAAAAAAAAAAAAAAAAAAAAAUUACAAACUCUGGAGAUGUUCUUUUUUUUCCUUUUUUCAUUCUGUGUAUCAGUUGUAUGCUGAUGUUCUGUGCAUGUUUCUGCAAAGACUGGAUAAGAUAUUGUAACAUACAUACAUACCGCAAUUGCACUUGACAGCUGCACCUCACAACUUUCAAUAAACAUGCUUAAGGAAGAAUAA